AUGGCGUUCUCUAUGCCUAUGCCAGCAGCUGGCUGCGAGCAUAUGGAUAAUGAUGCCAUCAACAAAAUCCGUCAGUUUCGAUCCAAACACCACAGUGGCGAAGACUUGGUGCAGUACACAUGCCUGGAGUGCUCUACCCCCGGCAGUUUUCCUACUUUGGACAAGCACUUUUCCGAGACCAAGCAUGAAUUCGCCGUCAGUCCAAAAACCGUGUAUUGUGGCCGCUGCAAAGACCUGGUCUAUGAUCCGACUUUGCUUAGUAACCACAAGAAACGCAAACUUGCCGACGCCAGCGACGAAGACGACUCGUAUCUGACCACCAACACCUCCCAACGACCCUGCGGCCGGAAUGGUGUUCGAGGUCUAUUCAACCUUGGUGAGACGUGUUAUAUGAAUGCGGUUCUUCAAAUGAUGGUCCACAAUCCCAUCCUGGCAAGCUAUUUCCUCGGCAUGGGUCACCCUACUCACACUUGUCCAAUCUCCAAAGAACCCGAAAAGAAAAACGACUCUGAUUCCGAAGACGAGGAGGAAGAAAAGAAAGAACAGCAAAGCUGUGUCGCGUGUGGAAUGACCGAAGUCUUUUCCGAUGUCACCAUGGUCGAUCAACCUACUCCCGCUCACGCCGUUUCCCUCCUUUUCGCAUCGUGGAAGAACAUCCCUGAGAUGUCCGGCAAGGGCCAACAAGAUGCCCAGGAAUGGUUCAUGCAGAUUGUCGACCGUCUCCACGAAGGUGUGGCGCAAUACAAAGUUCCGGAAAAGACGAACAGCGUCAACGAAGCGAAUGGCAUUCCAUCAAUCGAGAAGCAAUGUGUAUGUUUCUUCCACAAGGUCUUUUAUGGUCGGGAGAACAGCCAAAUCACGUGCGACACAUGCCACACCGUUUCCUCUCGUGAGGAUGAGUUCUCCAGCAUCAGUCUCGACUUCAAAAAGCAAGUCAAGAAGAAGAAGAAGGCGGCCACCGCCGCCGCCAACGCCAGCGAUGCGAAAGACAAGGAGGCGCUCAAAAUCACGGUGCCCAACAUCCACGAAUGCCUGCGUGGGUUCACUGCGCCUGAACCCCUCUCGCCAGAACAGUACAGCUGCCAAGAAUGCAAGGAGCGUCGGUCCGCCAGCAAACAGACCCGAAUUCGGAAAUUGCCAGCGAUCCUCUGUGUUCAUGUCAAGCGAUUUGGCAUGAAGCAGCUUGCGACAGGCGUCUUCGCGCCAGAGAAAUACGAAGGCAAGUUGGACUUCAGCUUGCAACUCGACAUGGCGCCGUACACAACGCGGCCGCCGAAGAAUGGAGAAGACAAGGAAAAGUACAUGUACGACCUGGAUUGCGUGGUCGUUCACCAGGGCGAACAUGCACACAACGGCCACUACUUCGCCUUUUGCCGCCAGGACAACAAGUGGUUCCGUUAUGACGAUGAGAUUGUGAGCGCAACGACGACGGAGGAUGUAAUGAGGCAGGAGGCCUAUCUGUUGUUUUAUUCUCUGAGGAGAAUAGAGAAGGUGUAG